AUGGCUGUUCCUUCGAGAUUUCCGUGUUGGUGUCGCGCCGUGUACUCGUACGGCGGCGAGUCCAAACGCGAUCUUGGAUUUGUCGAAGGAGAUCUGAUAGAAUGUUUGAAUGCCGGCGAUGGGUCGUGGUGGAUGGGCAGAUUGAGGCGGGAUAAACGCAUGAUGGGGCUAUUCCCUUCGAACUUUGUCGAAGUACUUGACGAAAGCUUUAUUCCUACGAGUCGAUCAUCGAGUCCUAUGCCAGACCGCUCACCGAGCCCGAAUCCCUUCAAUCCCCAAGCCCCGCAAAAAACCAAAAGCAAGGCUUUCCGAAAGCCAUUCCAGGCUUAUGCUGCACCAGAUGCGGCAGCAGCAAGACGAGCAGAGCUACAGAAGCAAGACAGUCUCUCGAUAUCCCGAGCACCAUCACCCAAUAUUCACCGUACCAUUUCAAGGGCACCGUCACCUCAAAUGCACCGUACUAUUUCAAGAGCACCGUCGCCCCAACUUCAUAGCUAUGGGUCGCGUGCUCCGUCUCCAGCCCCGCCGAUGCAUCGUGACAGCUAUGGAUCCAGGGCGCCGUCUCCCGCACCAUCCUUCCAGUAUCGCCCAUAUCGACCGCCUUCACUAGAGCCACAAUCUGAUCUUGGAUCUUCACCUCCACCCCCACCUCCUCCUCCCCAUCGAACCAACUUCACAUCCCAUGGCUCUAUGAAUUCUCAAACGCAACGCAAUGGAAACUACCACACCCCACGAGCAACGUCUCCAUGUCCGCCCUCCCCUGGAGCUACUGGUCUCACCCCAUCUCCCCUUCGUUCGGCUAUGGAUGAUGUCAUGUCGUCGUUAUAUGAUAUGGGUGUGUCACGUACAACAGAAUCACCAGAACCACCACUAGACCCCUGGUCUCCAGAGGCCUUUGAUCAAACGUAUAUUAAUGCAAGGCGAAAUAAGGCACCAAGGCCGAAUACCGCGAUAGGAAUUGGCGGGCUGAAUGCCUAUGAUGAUGAUCACGAUGAUCAGCCGUAUAUGGGUGGCGCCCAAUCCAGCUAUGUGGCGGACCAGCCUCCGCCUCAACUAAGCAAUUAUGUUCGACGGAUGGAAGACCGUUUAAACAAGAUGCACACCAGUAGCCCACGCCCUCCCGAAGAAGAUGACCAUCCACCUUCUGUUCCAUCGAAAAUGGGCCUAUAUGAUCGACCAAAAUCUGUGGUUGGGAAUAUGCCCCCAGAACCUAAGCUUCGCCACCGCAAAUCGGCUUACGAGGUCGGAAGAUCAAUGCUGGGUAGGACAUUUACUACCAAAACUAAUUCGACAAGCUCUUCAUCAGGAGGUCGGAGUACAACUACCAAUAUGACCUCAAGCACCCAAAUGACUGACCGGAGUCUUAUGAGCGGAGCAUCGGCCGGUGGGUUCUCCUCCACGAGUGCCGGUAGCUACGCGAGAAAGAAGGAAGAACUCCAGGGCCGCUCUCGAAGCGCAUUUGGAUCCAGGAGAGACCAAUUCCUGGGUGCUAAUGGUAGUCAAGUGGACUUUGGGAAUAGUAGACCUCAGACUCCGCUUACAGGAAUCUCAUACCAUACAAGCCACGCAUCUGGCCCUUCACGUCCACAAUCGCAAGCUGGAUGGCAAGGGUCAAACGUAGGGUCAGAGAGUAUGCUUGGUGGUCUUGUGGCCCCUAAGCCGAAGAAGAGCGGCUUUUUCAAGAAGAUUAUUGAAUCAGCCAAGACCGGUGCUGCCAGCGCCAGGAGCAGCAUUGCAGUGAGCGAUGCAUCAAGACCUGGCAGUUCUGCAAGGAAUAUUAUGCCUAAUGGGGUUACAUCGAUCGCAGGAGGUAUUGGCAACAGUAACGCAAAUAACGUAGCCAAUGAUAUGGGUCUAGGAGGCGGUGUCGAUUGGGUCCAGGUUCGCCGAGACGUCAAUAGGUCGAAUUCUCUCAGUCGAAUCGAACGGAUCGAAAGGAAAGAGCGUUGUCAGAUGAUGGACUACCCAGCCAUAAGCCCAGUGGAAGAGCUCUUCGAGGGAUGCGAUGGAGAUGAAGGCGCAGAUGGGAAACCUGUGGCUGAACCCACGGCUUUCCAAGCUGUCAAUCUCUCCCUAGUCGACAAGAAUGCAAGAUUCAUCAACAGCCUGCCACCCAUGACCAACCCCAUUAGCUUGGCAACAGGAUUCGUCUGUCGACCGUAUCGAAGCGACGUUCAGCGAUUGAGAGCAAUUUUCACGUGGGUUAGCGAGAAGAUCACCUGGGAGGACGACUUCGAGGGUGAAGUAGACUCUAGAAGGGUUAUCCAAAGCAAGCGCGGAUGCGCUGAAGAGGUGGCGGUUCUCGUACUAGAGAUGUGCACCGCUGUGGGAAUCCAUGCCGAGGUUGUUAGAGGCUACCUAAAGACUCCGGGAGAGGUUCCAGAGCUGGGGAUCAUGCCUCGUCCAAACCAUUGGUGGAAUGCUGUCGUUGUGGAUGGACAGUGGAGGAUGAUGGACUGCUCGCUCGCAGCUCCCUCGCACCCUCGCCGCAGCCUGUAUUCUAGUGCCGGCGGUCAAGGGGAAAGCUGGUGGUUUUUGGCUCGACCAAGUGAAAUUUGCUGGACACACGUUCCAGCAGUUCACGAACAACAACACCUCUGCCCACCAAUUGCCCACGAAGUCCUACUGGCCUUACCUUGUGCCUGCCCGCCAUACUUUAAGAACUCUCUGGAGAUGGUUGGCUACGACACCAGUCUUGUUCGAAUCGAAGACCUUGAACUCGUGCAUAUCAAGUUUACCGUGCCAGCAGAUGUCGAGUGCGUGGCAGAGGUUGAAGCACGAGCUUUUGAACGUGAUGCAGACGGUGACUGUUUUGAAAGUGGUGAAACGCUUAAAAAGCGUGCUCUAGCGCAAGCCGAGUGGAUUGAUGGGCAAAAACGAUACACGGUGAAAGCACUGCUUCCUGGCGACGAAGGACAAGCAAUUCUGAAGAUUUACGCUGGCAAGCGUGGGCUCAUGCAGUCGAUCAAAGAUAUCCCUCAUCCUCUGGCUUUCGCGCUUCCGAUCAUUCAUGCAGGAGAUAAUCCACCAUAUGAAUUCCUAACCCGACACCCAACACCUCACGCUCAAAGACACGAUCUUUAUGUUGCACAACCACAAUGCCACCGCCUGGCUCUAAACAAUACGUUUGUAUUCGCGGUCCGGCAGCAUCCAUCUUCGACCUCAUUGACACCGCCAAAUCCCGGUGGAACAUCACCUAUCCCAUUCAUCCGCCCCAGUUCGGCCAUGUCAAUAACCAAUUCAUCCGCAUCGGGAUCCAACCCUAGCACCACGAAUGCAUAUAGUUCAAAGAAGCCAGCGAAGCUCGCGAUCCAGUCUCCUGGGGGGAAAGUGUUGAGGCUGAUGAGGAAGGACGAGAAAAUCCAGAGCACGAGCCAGGCGCUGGAAAAGGGUGACGGUGGGACGUGGGAGACCAUUAUCAAGGUUGGUGAGCGAGGUGUUUGGAGGGGCCUGGUGCUCGCAGACCGGAGUGCCCGGUGGUGCGUUUUUGCUGAAUGGACUUGCGUUUGA